AAGCUACUUUGCAAGUCUUUAGACUCUCUUCAGAUCUUCUACACAGUAUGGAGCUGUGAUACUAAAGACCCCUUCAGGAAUGUAAUCAUUGUCACGUCGGGGAUUAAUUUGGGUAUUUACAACAACAACGAAUCAGAAAGAGAGGAGAGACAACUGUGGAAGGUCCUCCGGUCCUCAGCAGCUCAGUCUUCAGCUACAACAGCUCCUUUUCUGCUUCUUCCUUCUUGAGAGACUAAUUGAAUACCACACACCAGUCAGCCUUGUUUAGGCUUGCCUGGGACUUAAGUGGAAAAACUCUGCAACAUUCCUAAACCUUUUUCUCUGGUCUCGAGGCACUAAGGAUUAAUCAGAUCUGUCCUCCAUCUGACUGUGGCAGUUUUGUUAUUAUUUCUCGCCUGGAAUCUUACUGCAUUUUGGUUCAGAGUGGGUCAAAUCCUCAUGGAGGCAAUCCAGGUGGUUAAUGGGUGAAAAAUAACAGACUGAGUUGGUUCAGAUGUGCAGGUAAUUUUCCUACAGCCCAGAGUGUCUUGUAUGGCUCAGGAGCUCAAGGGACAAUGAGCAAAGAUAUCCGAUUAUCAAGAAAAGGGGUGCCGACUGGUUUCGGACACGGUCGGAGACACUCGUGCUUGGGUUUUGAUGUGGAGAAUGGCCUCUCGGUGGGUCGCAGUCCACUGGACUCUCAGACGAGCCCGGGUUCUGGUCUGGUCCUUCAGGCCAACUUCCCCCACAGUCAGCGACGCGAGUCCUUCCUCUACCGCUCCGACUCAGACUUCGACCUUUCACCCAAAACUAUGUCCCGCAACUCGUCCACUGCCAGCGACCUGCAUGGAGAAGACAUGAUCGUGACUCCAUUUGCACAGGUUCUUGCCAGUCUACGAACAGUGAGAAGUAACUUUGCUGUUCUGACCCAUCUGCAAGAUCGUGUGACAAACAAGCGGCCAUCAAGCAACAACCAGCCACCCAUGUGUAAGACAUGUCUUACAGAGGAGCCCUACCAAAAGUUGGCGGUGGAAACUCUGGAAGAGCUGGACUGGUGUCUGGACCAGCUGGAGACCCUGCAGACAAGACACUCAGUCAGCGAGAUGGCAUCCAAUAAGUUCAAAAGGAUGCUGAACCGCGAGCUGACGCAGCUAUCAGAGACAAGCCGCUCAGGGAAUCAGGUGUCAGAGUUCAUCGCCAACACCUUCCUAGAGAAACAACAUGACGUGGAGAUCCUGUCUCCACCCUCAAAGGAGAAGGAGAAGAAGAAGAGGCCGAUGUCACAGAUCAGCGGUGUGAAAAAGCCCACACAGAGCCCCAGCUUAGCACCCGCCUGCAUCCCCCGCUUUGGAGUGAGCACCCCCCACGAGAGCCUGCUGGCCAAGGAGGUGGAGGACAUUAAUCGUUGGGGUCUGGAUAUAUUCAAGAUAGCAGAAUUUUCCGGAAACCGCCCUCUGACGGUGAUCAUGUACUCCGUCUUCCAGGAGCGGGACCUUCUGAAAACCUUUAAGAUCCCAAGUGACACCUUCAUCACCUUAAUGAUGACCUUGGAGGACCACUACCAUUCAGACGUAGCUUAUCACAACAACAUCCAUGCAGCUGAUGUGGUGCAGUCCACCCACGUCCUCUUGUCCACCCCCGCUUUAGAGGCGGUGUUCACAGAUCUGGAGAUCAUGGCUGCUCUGUUUGCCAGUGCCAUCCAUGAUGUUGACCACCCAGGAGUCACAAACCAGUUCCUAAUAAACACCAGUUCAGAACUGGCGCUGAUGUACAACGAUGCCUCUGUGCUGGAGAAUCACCACCUAGCUGUGGGCUUCAAACUGCUGCAAGAGGACAACUGUGACAUCUUCCAAAACCUCAGCAAGAAACAGAGAGACUCCCUCCGCAAGAUGGUGAUAGACAUGGUGCUUGCCACAGAUAUGUCCAAACACAUGAACUUCUUGGCGGACAUGAAGACAAUGGUGGAGACCAAGAAGGUGACCAGUCUGGGAGUCCUGCUGCUAGAUAACUACUCUGACCGCAUCCAGGUCCUGCAGAACAUGGUCCACUGUGCCGACCUGAGCAACCCAACCAAACCACUGGAACUUUACCGCCAGUGGACGGACCGCAUCAUGGUCGAGUUCUUCACCCAGGGAGACCGAGAGCGGGACAAGGGCAUGGAGAUCAGUCCCAUGUGUGACAAACACAACGCCUCCAUAGAGAAGAGCCAGGUGGGCUUUAUUGACUACAUUGUCCACCCUCUGUGGGAGACAUGGGCAGACUUGGUUCACCCUGAUGCCCAGGACAUCCUGGACACGCUGGAGGACAACAGGGAGUGGUACCAGAGCAUGAUCCCCCGCAGCCCGUCGCCUUCCAGCCCCGAGGAGCACCAUGCAGAGGUGAUGCCAGGAGAAGGAACUGUGGGAGCAGGAGAGGCCGUUCCUUCAGGAGGUGGAGGAGGAGGAGGAGGUGGAGGGGACAAGUUCCAGUUUGAACUGACUUUAGAGGAAGAAGAAGAGGAUGAGGAGGAGGUGGAGUCUGACCUGGAGAGCCCCCUAGAGGAGGAGUCCCAGUCAGGUGGGGAGCAGCACCGGGACUCCUCCUCCCCCUCUUUGUCCCCAGACCCCCGCAGCAGCAGCAGCACCAGCAGGUACCGUCCCCCCUCACCUCACCCGUCUCGGACCCUGAACCUGGCUGCCAUGUCAGUGCGGAGCCCCCACAGGACGCUGGCCUCACCGGGAAGGGAGAGCGCCGACAGGGACAGAGAACUGAGUCAGGAGGGUGACGGGGUGGCGUGCCUGCGUAUGGGCACGUAACAACCAGCACAACCUGCCCUGCCUGAGAGACACGAGCACUGGAUGUGGAGAGACAGAGGCAGGGCAGGCCUUUACCAAUAAAGUCUGUAAAAUCACUACAGUCCCUUUACACUGGAGACACACGCUCUGGAGAGCAGAGGGACGUUCCCCCUCUGUUUAAUUUUCUAUUUUAACAAGAAGAAUUGUUUCAGCCGCCGUUUGGGUGCCUGAUUGGCCUUUAUGUCCCGUCCUGCUUUGUUGUAGCUUCAGUCCGGGGUGUCCCAGACAAGGACUGCUGCAUUUUAACUGGGAAGAAGAGUGAUACUCUAACAAGAACAAAAGGUAAAGGAAACGUCUUCCUCCAAAAUAACUGAGACAGUCAGACAUGAGAAUGAGGAUCGCGGUGGUCUGACAUGGUCAUGGAAAUUAUUUUGCACCAUAGUUUUAAUUUAGGAUAUGAAAUGACUGAGUCUGGUGGGAAUAUGUGAGUAUGAUUUCUUUGUUUGAGAAUGAUGUGAGAUAUAAAUCACUUUACCAAAUACAGGAUGUAGAUGAGAGAAAAAUCCAUGGACCUAAACCUCAGGGUAUGAAGAGAAAAAUAAAUCUAAUGUAGCACGGAUGUAGUGGGUAACCCAAACUGUCUUUCCUGUUUGAUUUACCUCCAAACCAGAGACUUUAUUUAACUUGCGUGUCUCUACAUUGAAUUAAAACCCUUUAAUAGAAAAUUUGGCAACUGAAGCAAUCAAAUAUAUUUAAACCAGCUUGUAGCACCACAGAGAUUGAAUACUGAAGAGGACUGCGCCGCAGUCUCACCUGUUGAAAAUGAAAAGACACCACCUGUAUAAUUAGUUAGUUUUUUGUUUUGUUUUGUUUUGUUUUCUACCUAAGAUGAUUUUAAAUGGUGUCCUUGUUUUAGGAUUUUGAACGGUUCUUUGUUGUACAUUUGCUAGUCUCGUCUGUGUUUAUGUGCUUGAAAAGCAUUUUUUUAUCAGGGUGCCUCCGGUCCACAGUAGCACUUUACCGUCUCUGCCCUUCAGCUCUUCUAUUCAGUCACACAAAGGGCUUCGUCCACUGGAGGGCCUACUGAUCACACGGUCACAGCACACAGGGCAAGGCAGGAAACUUCACAAACUAACUUAACCAACAAUAUUCAUAACCGCCUGGUGGUCAGAAAUAUUAGAAUUAUAAGACUUCUUCUGUUUUGCGAGAAGCUUUAGUUCCUCAGAUCCAGAUCCAUUCAGACUGCGAAUUUGUACCUCAGUUUUUUGAGGCUGAAGUUCAACGUUUUUUUAUUGGCAGUAACACGAGUAGGAUGUAGAAAAGAGUAGGGUGGCUUAGAUUGAUUGAUUAGUCGAUUAGUCGACAGAUAAUUAAUUGGCAACUAUUUUGAUAUUUUAAUAAUCAUUUUAGUAUUUUUUUAAGCAAAAAAAUCCAAACAUUUCUUGGUAUAAUGCUUCUUAAAUGUGUGAAGAUAUUGCAUUUUUUGUCAUAAAUGAUAAUGCACUAGAUAGCUUUGGAUUUUUACACAGGGUAUGUUUCAGUAUUUUCUAACAUUUUAUUGACAAAAUGAUUACUCAACAAAAUAAUGAGCAGAUAAAUUGAUAAUGAAACGAAUCAUUAUUUGCAGCUCUAAAAAAAGCUCCAACUGAUGGCUCCUUAAUCACUAAAUUCAGGUGCAACCAGCAGUCCUCCUACUCUGCACUUUGUGUAACUGCAGUGUUCUCUGAAAUGAUCUGAGGCUCGAAAUUAAAAACAAUAAGCGCCGCAUCCACAGCAAUGACAGCAGCCUUGCUAAAUCUACAGAAAAUACGUUUUCAGAUUCUUGAUGCCUCUGCCAUUUUAUCCACCACCUUAAUAUUUUUAAAUAAUACUUUGAAAAUAACAUUUAAUUUAUUCAUGCCUUAAGCUUUGAGCGGCACUUUUAAGCAGAUUGUUUCUUUUCUAGAACAAUUUUAAUUGACAUUUUCAUACAAAAGUUAAACUCCAGCCACAGAGAUAUUGGCCUGUUUGUUUUAAAUGUACUAUUUUCUGUAAGGGUCUUAUAAUUCCAAUAUGUCACCGUAGUGUUGCUCUUUUGCCCUGCCGACAGGAUCUGAUGUAGAGAUAAUCAGAUCCUGUCGCUUACAGAAAUGAAUCCAACUAACGGGAUUGUGUUCCAUCAGGUUAUCAGUCUUAUUUGAUAGAUAGUGCUUGACUGGGAUAACUGUGUGCCAUAAGUGUUGAAAACACACAAACACCUGCCAGCCUAUGAUGUUGUACAUUUUUACACUAGAGAUUUUAACCUGAUGAUUGUAUCGAAGUCAUUGACUUUAUAGUGUUAGUUUUUACGAAUGAUAUGUGUUAACAGUAUUUAAAGCAGACAGUUUAUUAGAUUUUUGUGCAGCUCAUGAUCAGUCUGUUCAGUCCUCUCCUUAAUCAUAUAGCUGAGACUUGAGAAUGUGUGUACUUUCAGGAGUCCGUGUUCAGUCUAGAGCAAUGUCUGUCGCCAUCGCUGAGGUAGAAUGACCAGGAAGCAAAGGAGCACUACACAAAGACAUGAUGCACUUCCUGGUCCGGCAGUUGUAGAAAACACUAGUCUAACAGCAUUUUAUUAACUCAGCUAGUAAGCUUUAUUGAUCAGCCUUACAUGUGUAGGAGUGGUUAGAGCCUAGUGUUGAAGGACCAUUAUGCUGUCUUUAACAUGUCGAGCCGUAGAGGUUUGUCUCAUCUGCAGCAAGAAAACUGCACAUUUCCCGACUUAUUUUAAAAAAAAAAAUUCAAACAAUCAAAAUACAUAUGGAAUUUAAAUUUCCUAUGACAGCAGCAAUAGACUGAAUCACUGUGUGAAAUCAAUGGCAGUUGUCUACAGGUGGUUAGACAGCUGGAAAAGUGAAAUAACUGUUUUUGUCAGUGGAGUUUGGUGGCUUUUAGAUAACAGCUUAAGUUCCCUGCUGGAAAUGGCUGUCUGACGUCAAGAUCAAGUGGUGAAAAUAUUCUAAAUAUAGCAUACAUCCAUACUGAUAUUGAUUUCAUUUAAGGUGGCUUAAAACUAACAAAUUGAGGGAGUGUUUGCUCAAUGCAGUUUUAUUUUACGUGUGUGAUGUAAGGGUUGUCCACCGGAAAGUUUUUGUAAGCCAACCUUGUGAUUCGGUCUAUAUUCUGCUUCUUAGACACAUAUUCUAGGUCUGUUUGCUGUGAAAACAAUCAAAUGAAAAAUUAAGCUACAUUCAAAUAAUUGUCAAGUUUUCAUGCUUUGCUGGUUACACACUCUACUUAUCCUGUGUCAAAACCUCUUAAAACUCCAUGUUGAAAAUGCCAUGUGAACGUCUUCAGACUGUUUGGAUCUAAUGUUCUGCUUAUUCACAAACCUCAACUCAUCAACAGGCCGAAGUUUAUACUUGCACACAAGAAAUGUCAGAAUCAAGAGGGCAGAUUGAAAGCCUUUUCUAUAGUAUCACCCCGACUGUAAACCUUUUUUUGAUUGUUUUACAUGAAACACUUUCAUAUUGUGUUGUGUACUAAUGAAGACUGCAUCUUAGUUAGGAUUUAAACUUUCAGUCUCUUUCUGAAAAGCGGCCCUGUAGUCCUGCAAUCAUCCAUUAAGCUUCCUCUUCCUUUCUUAGCUUUGGGUCUCCAAAUGUAUGUAAAUAUUUAUUGUGUGCCCAGUAUAAACCUCAAAUCCACCCAGAUCACUCCAGCUCUUUUAACAGUACCCACUAAACACCGGUUAAAAGCACAUUAACUGAAGUUACUACAUAAAGUAUGAAGAGUUCAGACAGACAGCAUCAGCACUUUUAAUAUAUUUAAAAACAUGAAGCUGUUGUCAUUCAAAACUGAUAAAGGACAAAGAAUAUGAUUCUUCCGCAUUUACAAUCUGUGAUUCUUAAGAUUCAUCCAAAUAUGUCAUCAGAAAAUAUAAUUUAUGUCAAAAACUCAUUUUUAUAAAAAAAAAAAAUGCUAUGUUUUUAUAUUUCCUGUUAGUUUGGACACACUGAAGCAGUCAUAGUCACCAUGGAGGGACAGAAAAACAAAGUACAACAGAAAGUAGAGUACAAAUGUAUCAUUUUAGCCUUUCAUUAUAAAAUUCCUCCUUUUUGAAGCAAGAACACUUGUAAAAUUCUUGAGGAAAACAUACAUUCAAACAUAAGUUCAGCAUGGCAUUUUCAUCUUGUCAUAUUACUGCAGAUUUGAAACAUAAUUGAUUUUCAGUCAGCUGAAUGUAGUCCAGAGGUGUGAACAAAGGCAUGUUAAAACACAGCAGCGUGGCUCUUUACAGGAAGACAUCUGUGCCAUAGUGUUAAAUGUGUUAAUGAGCAGGAGAGUCCCUGCUCUCUCUCCGUUAUUGUGUUGCGCUGAUACUGCCACCAUUAAUGUCCAUGCUGUUUUUUCAGCCUCUGUGUCGUGCAAACUUCUAUAAAGAUAUUUAUUCUUCAAACAUGUCUGUCGAGACAAAGUACUGUAACAUAGGACAUUUGAUUUUAUGUUCUGGAGCCUAAAAAUCAUGUAUACUUUACAAGUAUACACUUGCCACUCCAAUGUUUUUGUCAAACAAAAUAAAAACUAUAUUUUUGUUUUUCAUUCUAAGCCAAAAGACUCUUGGGAGUUCAGGGUGUUUCAAGUGGAAAAUGCCAAUAAAUAACAUGAAAAAUUUA